GAAGACCAUUUGCUAUUGUCUUGACACAAGUUAAAAAAAUAUAAAGUUAAUUUUAAAAAGUAUAGACAGAAGUGUAGACUGUUAAAAAUGAGCUCGGCCUGGAAAUAUUUUGACAAAGAUACCAAGACCAGUCAAGUUGUGUAUAAAAAGUGUCCAAAGAUAUACAAAUGUCACGGAUCAACAACAUCUACACUACUCUAUCAUUUGCGAACGGCGCACAACAUAGUACUUGAAAGCAAGAAAGAGUCUACAGCAUGCUCCAACAAUGAAACGGGGCUUUUGGAAAAAUAUAUGAAAAAGAGUUCCUCAAAUUCCGUUGAAGAAAUUAUUUGCAGAUGUUUGGCGGAGGAUGGAAUGUCGACAAACACAUUCAGAAAUUCCAAACUAAUCAAACACUAUUUUAUCAUUCGGGGCCUCACAAUGCCCACAAGCAACAGUACAAUUUGGAAAUAUGUAGAAAAGUUUUAUAUAGCAAAGAGAGACGAACUUGUAUCUGAAUUGAAAAAAAUUAGGGAUCGCAAAGGACGGUUUUCAAUUGUGGUCGAUGAAUGGACCGAUGUCUCCAACUACAAAUAUGUUAAUAUAUGCGUUAAAACGUAUACAGAAGAAACUUCAUUUAAAAUCUUUAAUUUGGGACUGGAAGAACUAAAAGCGAAAGGUACUGCCGAAAACAUUUACGGCUCGAUUGAGCAUAAAUUAAAAGAAUUUGGAAUUAAUUUUGAAAAUGAUGUAGUUUGUUCUACCCAUGAUGGUGCAGCAGUAAUGGGGAAGUAUGGGGAUAACAUUACGGCAGAGUCACAAUUAUGUAUCAAUCACGCUCUUCAUUUGGCCGUAGUUGAUACCAUCUAUGUCCGUAAAGAUCGUGCAAUCAUAGAAGAAAGUGAAGAAGAUUUUAGUGACAGUGAAGAUGAGACUGGGGAAGAAUUACAAAUAAACAAUGAGCUUCAAUUAAAAUUGGAAGUACAAGAAGCCAUAUGUAAGUUGCGCAAGACUGUUAAAUUAUUUAAUAAAUCUUCACAUUAACAAAACGAAUUACAAAAAUAUGUUGUGAAGCAGGAAGGGCACGAAGUUCGUUUGAUACAUGAUGUACAACAUCGUUGGUAUUCACUAUCAAAAAUGAUAGAAAAUUUUAUUCGGAUUUAUAAAUGUGUAAAUCAUGCUUUAAUUGAUUUUGGAUUGACACCUUUUACAGAUUCUGAGAUUAUUUUAUUAUAUAAUUUAAGUAAAACUUUAAAACCACUUGACGUUGCUAUUAAAAAACUAGGAAAAGACAAUUCAUCGUUAAUAGAGCUGGAGGGAGUUCUACAGUUUUUAAUUAACAAUUUAGAAAAAAAUAAUAAUGCAUUUUCUUCUGACAUAAUUAAACGUAUAAAGAUUAGAAUAAACGAAAUACGUAAAUAUUCAACAAAAAGUGAAACAAACGAGUAUGCAAAUGUUUUAUUUUCUCGAUUAUUUCAAGUUGAUAAUAAUGAAAAUGAUAUUAAUGAACAUGUUGAAACUAUGGAAACAGAAUCUGAUACACUGUUAGGAGAACUAAACAAAUCCAUUAAUAAUGUAAAAUCCUUGAAAAACAAAAAAGAUCCUAAUAACAUUGACGACGAUUUAGUUUAUCUCGAAAAAUCUAAAAAAAGAACCGAUAAACUUGAUUUAUUAUUAAAUGCUUUACUUACAGUAUCGCCAACAUCAACACUAUGUGAACGUAAUUUUUCAAAAUCUUCUUUUAUUAAAAAUAAAACAAAUAACCGUUUAAAAGCUAAUAAACUUAAUUAUUUAUUGUUUUUAAAAGAUUAUUUCAA